UGACAUUCUUCUAGGUGCCUCACAACUAGGUCCCUAAGAUUUUUUAUGGACUACAUUAUCGUAAAAUAUCCAUUUUUCAUCUCCUGUUACCAGCCUUUUCAAAAAUGGAUCGUUUUGUUGCCGUUUCUGUGGUGAAUCACAAACAGAAACGCCUGUUAGAGUGAGGGACCCAAACAUUAAGUCUGGGAACAU